GAAAGAAAACCCGGCCCCUCUUCCUCCACCCGACCCUUCAGCGUUCAGCGUCAGCAAAAAACCCUAAUGUGAUCAAGAUGGAAGUUGUCUUUGGAUGUCUCACUGUUCCCCGGCUUUCUGCCUGCCUUCCGAGGCUUCACUGCCUUUCCAACAGUUUUACAGCGAGGAUAUUGACUGAAGUCCAGAAAAUGGCUUGAAGAAACCAAAUAUAAAGACUUCUUACAAAAUAAAACCUAUGUCAAGUCACAUGGAAAAAGAUGGAUUCAUAUUUCACGGAUGGACCGCUUUAAGUGGAUGAAUGAAAAGCAACUUGUGGCAAAUAUCUGGAUAACUUCAAGGAAAUACUGGAUCUACAGCUUGUGUUUUUUUUUUUUUUUUAUUGCCUGGUGAUCUACUUCUGAGUAUCAGCUCCCGGACUAUAUUGUAAAUCGUUGGAGAAUUUACAAGAAGUAAACAUGCAUAAAAUAUCUGAAAUGCAUUAAGGUGUGAGUUUGGCUGUUGAUUUAAAGAAGUGGAAGGAGCAACCUCAUCAGGAUCGUCCUUGCUAUCUCCUUUGCAUUACUUAAAACCGGAUUUAGGUUCAUGCCAGAGGUAACAGAUGAUAUUUGGGACCCACUGGAUCUUCUCCUGAGGAAAUAAGAGAUCUGGUUCUCCAUUUUUCCCCUGGCGUCUGAAGCUGCCCUAUGGCAUAACACUGGCUCUCUACCAUGCCAGUAGCCAUACGGAAAAGAAGUUGGGAGGAGCAUGUGACUCAUCCUUCAGGGUUACAGUACAGCUAUGACGAUUUGGAUCUGGUCUGCUGUCACGGGGUGGACAGCGAGGGUCCUUGGAUGGGAGCGGGUGCUUCCAAACAAGGUCGAAGGAUGAGGUGUGCCUCCAUGCCAGAGGGCUGCCACCGUCUGCCUACAGAGGAUGGGGCUCAGACUCUUGAGCCGACAGCACUAGCUACCAAUGAGGAUACAGAAUCAGAUCUGUUAAUGGAAAACAAUGUAAAAGUUCCUCUGGAUCUGUGUGAGCAAUCAGUUCUUAGCUCUCAUGAGUUUGUGAAUGUUGACAUUCCCCAAGGGGCCUCUGAAUCAGAGCAUAUCCAAACCACAAUCAUUGGGAAUUCUGGGGAGUUUCAGCAUAACUCUAACAGUGGGUUGUCUACAGCAAAUAUUUCUUUUGCAACUGAUAGCAGCAAUAAAAGUAAGAAAACGAUCUAUGGGGAAGGUAAAGUUGGCACAGAAAGUGGUAAGAGUCCUGCCAUCUGCAGUCAUGAAACUGCCUUUAGAAGUCCACAUAUUUUGCGUGAAGUGCAACAAUGCAUCUCUAUCUCUUCUAACAAUGGGCUUUUACUGUCUGAAUCUGCUGGUGAGCAGCCUGGCAAACUUCCAAAUCAUCAGGAAACAAAGACGAGCAAUACAGAUGGGGACUGCAGCCCUCCUGAGAUAUCUGAGGCCAGUCUAAACCAGUACUCCACUGCUGAGCUGGAACCUCAGACUGACCUUCCAGAUUUUGAGGAAGAGGCGAUUUCCACCUUUGGCCAUGCAGACUCAAAUUUAACCGUACCUGUUGGUCUGCUACACAGCUCAGAUGUUAUGCUUGAGAAUGGUGGGGUAAUGUCACAGGAUAACAAAACUGAAGGACCAGCUGUGACUUUGGUAAAGGAAGGAGCAAAUGAAAGCCGGAGGGAAGAUUCUACUGAAAAUCUGGAUGGAUUAAACAACACAGUAACUCUGAAUGGAAAAACAGGACCUGAACAUGACUCACAGGACACUGAAGAAGGAGAGUUUGGUCAUCAUGACACUGCUGAAGCAUUGGAUGUUCCUAAAAGCUGUGAAGUACCCUGCCCAAUAUCCAUGGAACAGCCUGAAGGAGAAGAAACAGUGCAUUGGAGACAAAAAAGUAUAAAUGCCGAAGGAAAUGAAAAUGCAGUUGAACUAAAAAAUAGAUUGCUUACAUCAUCUGAUAUUUCUGUCAAAGAUCAGCAUUGCUCUUUGACCACUAAUGCUAUGUCAUCUGCAAAACAAGACAACAGCUUUUCAGAAGGAAACCCAGCACAAGUUAGCAGUCAGUGUCCCAACACAAAUGAAAAACCUGCUUUUCUAAGCGAAUCCAUGGAUAACACUCUGGAAAUAUCAGAUUCAAAAGACCUGGCUUGUCGUGAAGAUUUAGUUGUGACCCAGCAGGAAAAUAACACCUCAAAACUGGAUACCAUCCCAGAAGUUGGCCUUGUUGAGCCAAAUGACACCCCUGCUCUGGAUCCUUUAAAGAACUCAGAUUUCAUUCAAAGCGCAGAUGUUCGGCACCUUUAUAUGAACUAUAAACCUGCAGCUAGUGAGCAGCAACUAGAAAACCUGCUUCCAUGCUUCACAGAGGUCAGAGAUGAGCUUUCACUAGGGGGACUCCAUGGCAACAAAGAGGCCUCCGGGUGUUGCCCUGGUGAGUCACCUGCCUCAGAGGUGGCAGAUGGUCAAAGGGAACACCGCAGGCCAGGAACUGCUGUGUCUAGAAUGGAGGAGACGGAUGAGGAGGCACAAUCUGUUAGUUACAGUGACACUCAGCUUUCUAGUCAAGUUUUAAAAAGAACAGAUGAACUUGGAGAUCAGAGGGAUGACAACGUGGUCAAAGUACGCACCAAAAAGCGGGAGCAUGCUCGUCUGGACUCAGUGGUGUUGCUGCUGAUGAAGCUCGACCAGUUGGACCAGGAAAUAGAGAAUGCCCUCAGUGCCACCUCCUCCAUGGACAGCACCCCCAUCCUACAAAGACGACAGCUCCAGGAGUUUGAUGAAAGAUCUGUGCCGGCAGGGACACAAAACCCUACACAACUUCACUCUCCUCCUUCCUCCACCUCAGGACCCACAGGAGACCUCGGAGCAAAACCUAAGAGUGGGAGCACCUCCACCGGUCCUGACAACACAAAAGCUGAAAUUGAAGCCAAAGAGGCCUGUACCUGGCUCCGAGCAGCAGGGUUCCCGCAGUAUGCCCAGCUUUAUGAAGAUGCCCUGUUCCCCAUCGACAUCUCCUCAGUCACCAGGGACCAUGACUUCCUUGAUCGUGAUGCCAUUGAGGCUCUCUGCAGGAGACUGAACACCCUCAACAAAUGUGCUCUUAUGCGCCUGGAGAUCUCACCGCAAAGAAAAAGAAGCGAGGACUCAGAUGAGGACGAGCCUUGUGCCAUCAGUGGCCGCUGGACUUUCCAGAGGGACAGCAAGCGUUGGUCUCGUAUGGAUGAACUGGAGGUCUUCUCCUCACUCUCAACAGAUGCAGCACCACCUAAUUUUCCCAAGGAUCAAGGAUCCCAGAAAGGAAAACUGGCCCUGCGUGAAGGUAACAGCACAGAGAGUGUUCUGACCGACCUCAGCGAGCAGCCUGAAGUCAGCUCCAUCCACAGCUGUGGGAGUGGAGGGCGAGGAGAGGAGAAAAGUCAUGCAGCCUCCCUGAUGAGUGAAGCCGUCCCAGUUGGUGCCACCCGUGCUAGCUCUGUGGCUAGCAUGUGUUCUUCUUCCGGGACAGGAGGGUCAGGAUGCGCCAAUGAGGACUCUUUGUCUGAUGGGAUGCCUCCAUCGCCCUUGGAGACAUUUGGACAUUUCACCUUUGAUAUGAAAGUAGGGAUGGGAGGAGGAAGUCUGGACAGAGGGGGUGGCAGCGGCAAAAGCACUCGCUCAAGAGCAAAAAGCUUCCUAAAGAGGAUGGAGAGUCUACGACUGCGAAGUGGCACCACCUCCAAGAGAAAAAAGAAGGGGAGCACAAGCGGAGGGAAGAUAGAAAUCAGCGGCCCUGUCAUCAAAGAGGGUCUGGAUGAUGACAAGCUGCGAAGGCUGAACUGUGUUGACAUCUCCAGUAUCAACCUCAACCACAACCUCAAUCACCAUCGUAAUCCCACUCAGACUAUGACACUUAACAGGAAUCGUUCUGUUUCCUAUUCCACUCAGACCAGCAACGGCAGCACUGGGAGCACUGGGAGCAGCCAGUCCGAAGCAAGCAGCGGGAGCGCAGUAAGCACACCAAGCCCGGUUACCCGCGCUCGCAGCCACAGCACUGCGGCGGGCUCCAGUAAGAGAGGAGGAAUGUAUUUAGAGGGUUUUGACCCUUUUAGCAUUCUCCAUCAAACUUCAGAUCGACAGCCAACACCUCCACCCAAAUCUGCCCCGCCCAUCCCCUGCCAAGCCAGCAAUGGGAUGACAGUUGAUGAGCAGAACCGCAGAAACAACCACAGCAGUGGAGGAAACAGCAGACAAGCAGAAGAAGAGGAGGAAGAGGAGGGUAUGAUCUUCUUCUACUUACCAGAGGGUCACAAGCCAGGAACCUUCCCCAAAGCCCUGCAGGACGGGAGUUCAUCCAACAACAACGGAAACAAUAAUGGGAACUCUGUGAUUCUCAGGGGGCGGCAAAGCAGACGCCAGCGUCGCAUGUCUUCGGGCUCCGUCGACAGCCGGCUCAGUUUUUACGACAACGUCCCCUACACCGAGAGAGAGGAGGAGGAGGAGGGGGACGAACGCAAACUAGAAGAAGUGCUGCAACAUGUCAGCGGCCUGCAGCGCUUUGUCAACGCCUGGUCAGAGGCCGUGGCCAGGGAAGAGGAGGAAGAAGAAGAGGAUGAAGAGGAAGAAGGAGACUCGGAUUCGGCCUUGGAUUCGGCAUCUCCAUGCCCAUCGUCUCCUCUGCAGAACCGACUGGAGGAGACAGAGAACGGAAGCGACCAGGACAGCACGGGAAACCCACUUGGUGAGGAAGAGGAGGGGAUGAGAGAGAGGAGAGACUCUGGUGUCGGAGCAUCUCUGACCAGAACCAGCAGACCGCAAAAGCUUCGCUGGCCGAGCUUCCAGAACUCCCAUCGUCCCAGCUUGGCCUCGGCCCAGCUCCAGAUUAGCUGCCAGUCGGUGCUACAGAUGAAUCUGCUGCAGAAGCUCUCCCUGCUGCAGCUCACCGCGCUCCUGGAGAAACACACCCCAACAAACAAACAUGGCUUCAGCUGGGCUGUGCCAAAGUUUAUGAAGCGCAUCAAGGUGCGCGACUACAAAGACAGGAAUGUCUUCGGUGUGCCACUACAAGUCAUCGUCCAACGGACAGGUCAGCCCCUCCCCCAGGGAAUCCAGCAGGCCAUGCGCUAUUUACGCAACCAGUGCCUCGACCAGGUGGGUCUCUUCAGGAAAUCAGGGGUCAAAUCUCGCAUCCAAGCUCUUCGCCAGAUGAACGAGGCAAGCGGCGCAGAUGGUGGCGGAGUCAACUACGAGGGCCAAUCGGCGUACGACGUUGCAGACAUGCUGAAGCAGUACUUCAGAGAUUUGCCAGAACCCCUGCUUACUAGUAAACUGUCAGAGACCUUCCUCCAGAUUUAUCAGUACAUGCCCAAAGAGCUUCGCCUACAGGCUGUACGUGCCGCCGUGCUGCUGCUGCCCGACGAGAACCGUGAGGCUCUGCGCACGCUGCUGUGUUUGCUGAGCGACGUCACGGCGAGCGUGGCUGAGAACCAGAUGACUCCCACCAACCUGGCUGUAUGUCUAGCCCCCUCGCUCUUUCACCUGAACACCUUGAGGCGCAAGGAGAGCUCCUCCCCGAGGGUGAUGAACAGGAAGCAGACGCUGGGGAAGCCAGACCAGAGAGACCUGAAUGAGAACCUGGCUGCCACUCAUGGCCUGUCACACAUGAUCCAGGAGUGCAGGAAACUCUUCAGGAUCCCAGAGGAGAUGAACCGCUGUAGGAACUCUUACAUGGAGCAGGCACUGCUGCCCCGACCCUUGAAGGAGCUUGCAGGUGAAAAUGCUGGGCAGGGAGGAUACAGAGCCAUCCUACAGGACAGCCUGGACGCCCUCCUGAAAGAAGCAAAAGACAAGUUUAAAGGUUAUGACAGCUGCUCCACGCCUGAGCACGCCGAGCUGGCCUGUAGGAAGGUUCAUGACGGUUUCCCUCUGCGGCUUUGGAAGGUCACUGUUGAGCUUCCUGCAAGUCCAGAGGAUGUUUUGACCAGGGUGCUGCGGGAACAGGGCCACUGGGAUGAGGACCUGCUUGAGAGCCGGGUGGUGGAGACGCUGGAUGAGAGGACGGAGGUCUAUCAGUAUGUCAGGAACACUAUGGCUCCACAUCCCACCAGAGAUCACCUGGUCCUCAGAACGUGGGUGACAGACCUGCCAAAGGGAGCAUGUGCAAUGGUGUGUACAUCUGUGGAACAUGAAGGUGCACCUGUCGUAGGUGUCCGCGCAAACGUCCUCACCUCACGCUACUACGUUGAGCCCUGUGGUUCCAGCAAAUCCAGACUCACAUAUAUCUCCAGGAUCGACUCCAGGGGCCGUUUUCCUGAGUGGUACAACAAACUGUAUGGGCACUUGUGUGCUGCAGAGGUGGCACGGAUACGUGACUCUUUCACCGUGUCCUUGGACAAAUAAUGUGGACAACAGAUACUUUUUUAAACUGUCUGGACUCUGAAUGAUUCAUUCAGGCAAAGAGAAACUUGGGGUUCAAGCCUCUUUAUGCUCACUUCUUAAGGACAUUCUGGAUCCUGGAUUGAAGGACUGAUUUGUCUCAACAGAAUGAUUUUACUGUAAAAUAACACUCUGUUGGGGUUCUCAAUGUGCUGCUUCAUAUCACAUAAACAUUUAUCUGGGCCAAAGGAUGUGAUGUCGCUGAUAUUGGAUGUGAGGUUCACCCAUAAGGGUGCUAUUGCUUCUGAGAAGCAAGGGAGGAUUCAACAAGUGUGUGCAUGUGUGUAUGUGUGGUCAAAGAAACAAACAGUUAAAUAUAAAGUAUAUUCCUCACACUGGUUUCCAGUGGCAGCAUAAUGUGUACAUACAGUAUUCUGUUCACAGUAAGGUGUUGUGUCCGUAUUCUGUUACCUCUUUUCUGUUACAGUAAAGCACAGUAGGAAUAUUACUUUAGAUAAUAUUAUAGUUAGCUGAUUGAUAAAUCCAUUGGUGCAGAAAGAUGAGGAUGUGCUGACUGAAUGGAGACAAUAGACAGGAUAUGGGGGGAUGACUGGUGGAGCAGAGGGUUCUAGUGUUGCUGUAGAGAAAGGCUGAAACAGAUGAGAAUCAGUGGCUGGCUCACCAACAAGAGAAAAAAUGUCAGGAGGAACUGACAUCCAAUCAAGCCUAAUUAGAUUUGAUUCUAAAUUUGUUUUUGCUUUUUUAAAAACAUUCAAAGUAGUCCCUAUUCAUGUACAAAUGAUAUGUUAAUAGAUAAACCUUUCACAUCAGUAAAAGCUGUGAAUGAGUCAGAGGCAUACCCGCAAUAAUCACAAUGAAAGACCAACAGAUCUCUCAAAACAGACCAAAUUUGAAAUUAAAGGAGAAGAAGUUAGCGUUAGUGGCAUAAAGAGCACCGUCAGUUCACCUUUUAUUGUCCUUACAGGCUUUAUAUCACUACAUGUUACAAAAAAAAAAGAAAAAUAUUGAUUUCACAAAUACGGAAAUGUACAUUAGAACAGAAAAAGCACAGAAACCUCUGGCUAGUCCUAUAAAAACUGAGAAGUAAGCAGAGAAACAAUGGUCCUUUUAUAAAGGUGGAGAUUUUACAGGUUUUACUGUAAAGGAGAGGGCAAAUUGAAUGUUAGUGUGAAUUCAAAGGAAGGAAAAAAUAUCUUUGUGUAAGCUUCUUUCUCUGUGCUGUCGUAUCAGUGUUUUUAAAAAGAAGUAAAGAUGCAGAUCCUCAGCCUUUAUUUGUCAUACUCAUGCUUUAACCUGAGGACUUUGUUUGUCAUGUGGAGCUGUAUGAUUAAUACACUAAGCCAUUGUUCAUUAUUGUAAACCGUUAACUGUGUUUCUGCCAAAUAAUAACGCAUGACAGUGACAGUUAAUUUAAACAAAUAUAUUUAUACCUCAGAUAUGUUUGUUUUGUAUCAUACCAUUUUAUGUUAUUUUAUUGUAAAUGUCAAGCUUCGUGUUACAGAAAUGAACAAAUGUUUUAUCUUUUUUAUUAAUAUUAUUUCUGUACAGGUUAAUCAAAGUGCACUAUUAAAUGUAUUAAAAUAAAGUCGCUUCUGUUG